AUGACCAAAACCCAAUCAAUUGAGCAAGCAACCAUCCCACCCCCUAGGGAUGUGGAAAAGUCUCAACAAGCCAGGACUGAAAUCAUAAGGAAUGCACAACUUGACGACUUCCCUGUUCCCACAGAGGCCGAGGCCCAGACGUUGCGCCGAGUCGCAGGGACUCUGCCUCUUGUCUCCUUCUCACUCUGUCUGGUUGAGUUCGCCGAACGUGCAUCCUACUAUGGAGCCAAGACGGUAUUUUCCAACUUUAUCCAAUUUCCACUUCCAGAAGGCGGCAAUGGAGCCGGCGCUACCCCACGGGGAACUCAACAAACAGCCGGGGCGCUGGGCAUGGGGCUCCAAACAAGCUCCGCGUUAACACUGUUGUUCGUCUUCUUGGCCUACGUGAUUCCCAUAUUUGGCGGUUGGUGGGCCGAUGUUUAUGUGGGCCGGUACAAGGCAAUUAUGGUCGGGGUGGUCAUUUGUGGCAUCGCUCAUGUAAUUCAAAUCAUCGGUGCUAUUCCCUCCAUUCUUCAGAAGGGCCCAUCCAAUGCCGCUCCACCCUUCAUCCUCGGCAUGCUGAUAUUGGCUGUUGGAGCUGGAAUUUUCAAACCGAACGUUUCACCCAUUAUUCUGGACCAAAUUCGCCACAGGAAAGCAUACACUAAGCAGCUGAAGUCUGGUGAAAAGGUCAUCGUCGAUCCAAAUGCCACCAUCACAAGAACGAUGCUUAUUUUUUACGGCUUUGUCAACAUUGGUGCUCUCUUUAUGCUUGCUACUGCAUAUUCUGCCAAGUAUGUCGGGUACUGGCUCUCUUUCCUGUUGACAGGAGUCAUUUACUUGUUACUCCCAAUUCUGCUUUUAGCAGUUCGCAAUAGAACAUACAAAGAGCCACCCAGUGGAGGAUCUGAGCUCACCCAAGCGUGGAAGAUCACAACGACAGCGCUCAAGCAGCACAAGUUUCAAGUAUGGCGUACGAACUUCUGGGAUGCAGCAAGUCCCAACACUCUGCGCAGUAACGGAAUCACUGUGGACUGGACAAGGGAUGCAGUGAAUGAUGUUGCGAGGACUGUCGGCGCAUGCGAUGUGUUCUUAUUUUUCCCAAUCUGGGCCCUCAACAUCGGCGGUAUUGGCUCAGUCGGAACAAACCAAGGCGCCGCCAUGAUCACAAACGGGGCGCCCAAUGAUAUCCUGAACAACUUCGGCGCACUGACGAUCAUUGUCGCGAUCCCGUUCUUGACUUUCGUGGGGUACCCGACUCUGGACCGUUAUAGGAUCCACGUGGGCCCCAUCACCCGUAUCACAUUUGGAUUCUGCUUGGCGAUUGUUUCCGGCAUUAUAGGCACUCUGGUGCAAUGGAAGGUAUACAAGCUAUCGCCAUGCGGGUACUACGCAUCAACGUGCGACAAGGUUGCUCCUAUCAGUAUUUGGUGGCAGAUUCCGAAUAUUGUUCUUGGAUCAUUGAGCGAGUGUUUUUGCAACGUUACUGCAUACGAACUGGCCUAUGCGCGAUCACCUCCAAGUAUGAAGGGGUUGGUUGUGGCAAUCUUCCUAUUUAUGAGUGCUCUCUCGAGUGCAAUUGGUGAAAUUCUGAUUCCGGUUACGAAGGAUCCCUGGCUUUUAUGGAUUUGGGGGGCACCGGCAGUCGCGCUGGCUCUCCAGACAAUCGUUUUUUGGAUGAGGUUCAACAAGCUCAACAAUACCGUCGAUGAAACAAAUUGUCUUCAUUGCUCUGAGGAUGAGGUGAAGGGUGGUAGACACAUACUGAGUUCAAAUGCGACGAGUAUUUGA